AGAUGCAGGCCACAAGGCUUUGCAGGUUUUUGGCUCAGUUCUGCAGUAGGUGGAGGUCUCUAGCAUCCCUGGCAUUGUGAUAUUGCAGCAAAGAGGGACAGCAGUGGGGUGCUGUGCUGUCUCGAGUGCUAUGAAAGCUUGCACGGAAAGCUUAUUUGCUGUGCCCUUUAUGGCCAGAAAUCCGUACAGUAACAGCCCCAUCAAAGGAGACAGACUAUUUUUUUUUUUUUAGCAGUGGUGUCUGAUUCUUCUGCUGCUCUUUGGAGCUGGAAGAAUUAAGGGAAAGGGAGGUAAAACUGCCCAGCGGCUACAAGACUGGAGAACCGCAGCACCGUUAUUGGCAGGAAAAGUCAGAACUGAUCUGAACUGGCUCCUUAUCCCCAUCUCGUGCUGUGUAGUGGUGAAAGUUCCCUGCUUCGGGUGGCGGACUUUGACUCUUGUAGCUUAAAAGUAAAUGCAAAGGCUCCUCCUGCGCCUGAGGAAAGAACCAGGCUGAUCUGGCUGCUGGGAACGAUCACGGCUGUAUUGGGACUGUCCACAGGAGCAGACCUGCACUGUCUAACCUCUGACGUGCCUCUUUCCAGCUUCAUCAAGGACCGCUCCAAGGCCGGCGCAUUGCCUAUGAAAAGCAAGAAGGCCUCCAGCUUUCAUGAGUUUGCCCGCAGUACCAGCGACGCCUGGGACAUCGGCGAUGACGAAGAUGAGGACUUCUCUUCCUCCUCUUCCUCUUUGCAAACUCUGAACUCUAAAGUGGCCAAGGCCACAGCAGCCCAGGUUUUAGAGAACCACAGCAAGCUGCGGGUGAAACCCGAGCGGGCCCAGUCUACUCUCGGUGACAUGCCCACCAACUGCAAGGUCAUCAAGUCCAGCAGUGAGGCCCAGCUCUCCAGGACUUCUGAGGAGGCCUGUGUGCGGACCCCCCUUCAGAAGCAGCAGUCCCUUCCCCUUCGACCUGUCAUUCCACUUGUUGCCCGAAUCUCUGACCAAAAUGCUUCUGGUGCUCCCCCCAUGACUGUGAGGGAGAAAACGCGGCUGGAGAAGUUUCGACAGCUCCUUUCCAGUCACAACACAGACCUGGAUGAGCUGAGAAAAUGCAGCUGGCCUGGUGUACCUAGAGAGGUCCGGCCUGUGACAUGGCGUCUCCUCUCAGGCUAUCUUCCUGCAAACUCGGAGCGUCGAAAGCUGACUUUGCAGCGCAAGCGGGAGGAGUACUUUGGCUUCAUUCAGCAGUAUUACGAUUCCCGGAAUGAGGAGCACCAUCAAGACACCUACCGACAGAUCCACAUUGACAUUCCAAGGACCAACCCACUCAUUCCCCUCUUCCAGCAGCCACUCGUCCAGGAGAUUUUUGAAAGAAUCCUGUUUAUCUGGGCCAUUCGACACCCAGCCAGCGGCUAUGUACAGGGAAUCAAUGACCUGGUCACUCCGUUCUUUGUUGUGUUCCUCUCUGAGCAUGUUGAGGAGGAUGUGGAAAACUUUGAUGUGACAAACCUGUCGCAGGAUGUUCUACGGAGCAUCGAAGCUGAUAGCUUUUGGUGUAUGAGCAAGCUGCUGGAUGGGAUACAGGACAACUACACCUUUGCACAGCCGGGGAUCCAGAAGAAAGUCAAAGCUCUAGAGGAGCUAGUCAGCCGGAUCGAUGAGCAGGUACAUAAUCACUUUAGGAAGUACGAGGUCGAAUACCUGCAGUUUGCCUUUCGCUGGAUGAACAACUUGCUUAUGAGGGAGCUGCCUCUUCGCUGUACCAUCCGCCUCUGGGACACCUACCAGUCAGAGCCAGAAGGAUUCUCACAUUUCCACCUGUAUGUCUGCGCUGCCUUCUUGAUCAAGUGGCGGAAGGAGAUCCUAGAUGAGGAAGACUUCCAGGGCCUUCUGAUGUUGUUACAAAACCUGCCCACAAUACACUGGGGUAACGAAGAAAUUGGACUCCUGCUCGCUGAAGCCUACAGACUCAAGUACAUGUUUGCAGAUGCCCCCAAUCAUUACCGCCGAUAGGUGCCCAGACUUGACUCAUUCUUCUCUCCCAUGCCCGCUCCGUCGUCCUGGCCUGAUCUGAUCACUGUGGCAUUUUUGUCAUCCCAAGUCCUUAGACACUCCAGCUGGGAGCUGAUCCUUGCUGUACAGAGCUCACAUCAACUCUUAACUCUUAACGUGUGCCUGUCUGCCACUCCAUGCGCCUGGAUGUGCCAUUUUGAUGACUGUCAGUAUUUUACACCGUGCUGGAGGCUCAAGCCAGGAAGGGAGACCUUAAGGGGCUGGGGGAGACCAUGGAGGGAAGGUUUACAGAUAAACCAGAGCUGAAGAUGAAGCCUUUCUGUCCUCUCCACUCCCUGUCCUGGGCUUGUCUGCCUCAUGUUAACCUGCACCACGUGCGCUACCCCAUCUACUCCUUUCUCUCUUCUGACACUGUUUGCGCCAUCUCCCAGACGAAAAUGCCUUAUCAGAGACCUGCCUGGCCGGAAAAUCCUUCCCCAUGAGGGUGGCAGGGCAAGAAGUUUCUCUCAGGGCCUACCUUCGCUCCGAGGGUCCAGAGACCCCAAGCACUUUGUGGGUUCACAAGAGAGUCCCUCGUGCCUGCCCUCUCUCCUUCUCUCCAUCCUCUUCACCUACCUCUCCCCCAGGGCAGCAGGGCAGGCAUGACAGGGGCGAUGAGCACUCCAUCCACAUACAGUUCGAAUUAUGCGUGCCAGCUUGAUGGAACUUUUGGUGACUGAUGUUCUGUGAGUACAGCCCCCUCCAGUGUGGGGGGGAGGUGCAGGGCGGGGCUGGUAGGGGAGCAAUAUCUCCCAAAAGCUCCUUACAAAGCCCCCACUCCUCCGGGGUGUUCUGUGUAUAUUGUGUUCUUGUGUAUAUGGGUCAAAGAUGUACAAUAUAUGUCUUCUCUUUGUAGCAGAUUUUAUAUUUA